CACCAUUUUAGAUGACAUGACGCCACAAAAACCAAACCAGUAAACUUUCCCUCCGUCUCUCGCUACGAAUGUAACGGCGUUUGAACCGGACCACCAAUCUAUCCUCCCUUCUCACCGAUUUCACCGUUUUCAUUUUCUUCAGCGCUUUAUUCUUGCUCUUCCCUUUACUUCUUCUUCUCCUCAUUUCCCUCUCAUUUUAGGGUUCUGAUCUCUGAUUCCUUGCAGACAAGCUUCUUCUUCGUCUUCUUCAAUCCUUCCCAAUCACCAUUUCCCCUUAUCCUCUUUCUUUCCCCUUUUGAAUCUAACUCUAUGGCUUCCUCUACUUCUGUCAAGAAGAACUUCAUGCCUCCGGGCCUUGUUUCCAAUCUUGAAGAUGUUCUUCGCAAGAAGGGUGCUGGUGAACGAGGCGAAGAAUCUAAGGAUGUUAGUGCAUCGGUUGAGCCGUCCUCUUCUACUUCUGAUGCCAAUCUUGAGGAUUCUGGAACUCGGAAGCCGAUUAUUCUUGUUACUAACAGCGAAGGAAUCGAAUCUCCCGGCCUUACUUACCUCGUUGAAGGCCUUGUUCGCGAAGGUUCAUAUAACGUCUAUGUCUGCGCUCCGCAAUCGGACAAAUCAGUUUCGAGUCAUUCUGUGACUCUUCGAGAAACUGUUGCCGUGAGUUCUGCUGAAAUUAACGGUGCCACAGCCUAUGAAGUUUCGGGAACGCCUGUAGAUUGUGUCUCAUUAGCAAUGUCUGGAGCUCUUUUUUCCUGGUCGAAGCCUCUUCUGGUCAUUAGUGGAAUUAACCGGGGAUCGAGCUGUGGUCAUCACAUGUUUUACUCAGGCCUCGUUGCUGGAGCAAGGGAGGCAUUGAUUUGUGGUGUCCCAUCCAUAUCAAUAUCUCUGAAUUGGAAGAAGGAUCAAAGCCAAGAAAGUGACUUCAAGGAUGCUGCGUCGGUCUGUUUGCCUUUGAUAAAUGCAGCUAUGAGCGAUAUAGAAAAGGGAAAUUUUCCUAAAAGCUGUUCUCUCAACAUUGAAAUACCUACUUCACCUCUGACGAACAAGGGAUUUAAAUCAACAAAGCAAAGUCUGUGGAGAUCUACUUUAAAUUGGCAGGCUGUUACGGCCAACAGGCCUGCAGGACAUUAUAUGUCUAAUCAGCAAAGUAUUGGUCUUCAGCUUGCACAACUUGGUCGAGAUGCUUCUGCUGCUGGAGCAGCUCGCCGUUUGACCACACAACGGCAGAAUAUAGUGGAAAUUGAAUCAACUGGAGCAGUGGGAAAAUCUGAUUCUGGGCGGGUGAAGAAGUUCUUCAGAAUGGAGUUUCAGGAUAAGGAGCAUGAUAUCAAGGACGAUGAUCUGGAUUUUAGAGCCCUUGAAAAUGGAUUUGUUGCAGUAACCCCCUUUUCCCUCACCCCCAACAUUGAUUUGGACGUCCAAACAGCUGCCUCUGAUUGGAUCACCACUGCACUUCAUCAGGCGCAAUAAGUCGAGUCUCAUUUCGGCGGCAAUGAUUUGUGUACAUCUAGAGUUCGGCUCACUACCCUACAUUUUUUUGUUUGUUUGGUUUUGCCUCUUCUUUUGUGGGUUUCGCAUUCUGUCAAUUGUUUUGCCAAUUUAACAAGCUCAUUCUGAUUACGGCUUUCAUUCUCCAUUGAUAUUCCCUGCCCUAUCUUUCCCAAUAUAUAUAUUAGUUUUGGUAGUUUCCUAUUGAUUCAUGUAGUGGUGUAGUAAAAGUGCCACUUGCUUCCUGCUUGCAAUCUGUUUGGCAUGUUUUAUGAAAUGCCAGUUUGUAAACUGCAAGUGAAAACUGAUGGUCAAGUUUGCAAUGGAUUGGUUCUGUUUCAUCUUAA